AUGUAUGCCAAAUUCACCAUCCUCUCGGCCCUGGUGGCCUUGUCCGAGGCCCGCUUCGGCCAGGAGGGAACCGUCCAAGGCCUCAUCUCGGCCCUGAGUGGCUUCGGCAACCCCGGCCAGGCCGCCACGCUUGCCGGUGCCAGCCCCGGUGUCCUCCUCGGCGGCGCCAAUGCUUGCGAUAAGCUCGAACUGGCCGACCAAAUCGUCUCAACCCUCGGCAACGACCCCGCCGUCAUCGCCGCCGCAGCGGCCCUCGUCGCCGCCGAGAAGAACUUCAACCCCUUUGCGGCCGCCAUCCCCACCAUCUGCUCCGAUGCUAACCUCCCGGCUACCCCUGAGCUCCGCGGGAUUGUCCCGUUGGUUGAUCCUGCUGUUGUCGGCUCAGAUACUGAGAAUGCGAACUCGGCUUCGUCUCUGACAAAUCCUUUUGUCGCGGAUGGACUGAGCCAGGCUGAUGUCGCUGCCGCUAACGGCUUCAGCAACUUUACCGCCCAGGGGUCUGAUGGGACCACUGCGGCCCCGCCUGCUGGUGGUGCUGCCGGCGGUGGUGCCGCCAAUGGUGGUGCUGCUGCCGGUGGUGCUGCUGGUGUUGGUGCUGAUGCGGGUGCGGGUGCUGCUGGUAACAACGGCAAUGGCAACGGUAAGGGUAACGGAAAGGGUAAAGGCAAAGGUAAAGGCAAAGACAACGGCAACAAUGGCAACAACAACAACAACAACAACGGUAACGGCAAUGCUAACGGCAACAACGACAACAACGCCGGCAACAACGGCAACGCCGGCAACAACGGCAACGCCGGCAACAACGGCAACGCCGGCAACGCCGCCGCGGGCGUCGACUUUGGCACAUGCGACCCCACAAUCCAAUUCACCGGCGGUCUCGGCGGGCGUCCGGCAACGGAAUUCACCUUCCAGUCCAACGACGCCGCCAUCGCCGCCAACCAGCAGGAGGCGCUCAACCCCAACAUCAUCACCAACCGCAUCUGUGACGAGCUGACCAACAUCUGCAAUGCCAACCAGGCGGCUAAGGAUGUGUGCACUGAUGCGCAGGCGCAGAUCCAGGCGUUGGGUACGCGUGAUCAGACUACGGCGGAUGCUUGGAAUGCGCUUGUUGCUGCUUAG